AAUUGUGUGUCUGAUGAUCCAAAGAGAAAGAUAGUCCAUUUUUUUUCAAAACAUUUUCUACAAGACAAUAGUAUGGCAUAUUUUUAUUCUUCCCUUUUAUGGGUAUAAUCUGAAGUGGAAAGUUCAUUUCAUUUAAGUUUCAUUUCAAAGUCAUUUAGCUAUCCUCAUUGAAUAGAAAGCUUCUUCUCUCUCUGACAUUCAUUCGCGAAACUCUUCCCCUGUUGCUACUGCUUCUGCUGGUGCUACACCACCGAACCACUUCGCCGGGAAACCACACUUCAUUCGCGGAAGGUUUUAAAAGAUGGCUGAUGGGGAGGACAUUCAACCUCUUGUUGUUGAUAAUGGAACUGGAAUGGUCAAGGCUGGUUUUGCAGGUGAUGAUGCUCCCAGGGCUGUGUUCCCCAGUAUUAUUGGUCGACCGCGCCACACUGGUGUAAUGGUUGGGAUGGGUCAGAAGGAUGCCUACGUGGGUGAUGAAGCCCAAUCAAAAAGGGGUAUACUCACCUUGAAGUAUCCUAUAGAGCAUGGCAUAGUCAGCAACUGGGAUGAUAUGGAGAAGAUUUGGCAUCACACAUUUUACAACGAGCUUCGAGUUGCCCCUGAAGAACACCCCGUACUUCUUACUGAGGCACCACUCAAUCCCAAGGCCAACCGAGAGAAGAUGACCCAAAUUAUGUUUGAGACUUUUAAUGUGCCUGCUAUGUAUGUGGCAAUUCAGGCUGUCUUGUCUCUGUAUGCCAGUGGACGUACUACAGGUAUUGUGCUUGAUUCUGGUGAUGGUGUGAGUCACACGGUGCCCAUAUAUGAAGGUUAUGCUCUUCCUCACGCAAUUCUUCGGUUGGAUCUUGCUGGCCGUGACUUAACGGAGUACUUGGUGAAAAUUCUUACUGAGAGAGGAUACUCCUUCAGCACCUCUGCCGAAAAGGAAAUUGUCCGUGAUGUGAAGGAGAAAUUGGCAUAUGUGGCCCUUGAUUUUGAACAAGAAUUGGAGACUACCAAGAGUAGUUCUGCAGUAGAGAAGAGCUAUGAAUUGCCCGAUGGACAGGUCAUUACAAUUGGUUCUGAGAGAUUCCGUUGCCCUGAAGUACUGUUCCAGCCUUCUUUAAUUGGUAUGGAAGCUACUGGAAUUCAUGAAACGACAUACAGCUCCAUCAUGAAAUGUGAUGUUGAUAUUAGGAAGGAUCUGUAUGGAAACAUUGUGCUUAGUGGAGGGUCUACUAUGUUUCCCGGAAUUGCUGAUCGUAUGAGCAAGGAAAUCAGUGCUCUAGCACCAAGCAGCAUGAAAAUCAAGGUGGUUGCACCUCCCGAGAGGAAGUACAGUGUCUGGAUUGGUGGUUCUAUCUUGGCAUCACUAAGUACCUUCCAACAGAUGUGGAUCUCCAAGGGUGAAUAUGAUGAAUCUGGGCCAGCUAUAGUUCACCGGAAGUGCUUCUAAGAUGGGUCAUGAAGCUCUUAAUACUCCCAGUUCUGUGCCAUAUUUCCGUCAAGCUUGGUUGACUUGUUGGAUAUUUGAUGCUUUGGGUUUUUAAUAGGUAUAUCUAGUUAAUGAAUGGAUUUGUAAGUUGAGUAUGUUAUAUGUUUCCCCGUUAGGUCGUUGGAAGCCAGACUUUUUAUGCAGUUGGCGAUGGAUGGCAUUUGAACGUUGUAGGUUCCGCUUGGUUUGAUUUUCCUUUUAUUCUUUUUUUUAUGCUGUGGCAAAAAAAUUAGGUGCCUCGAGAUAGGAGGACGAUAAGUUUAAGCAUCCUUUUUGUUGGAGGGAUUUUUGAUUUAGUUUCUGUCGAUAUUAAUUAUAUGCUUAAUUGGUUAUGCUUGCA